UUUUGUUAAAAAAGCUCGUCGCUCAUUUGACAUCGGAAGUGGAUGCUGGCGGAAGCUUUGGAUAAUAACAGCAUUUUAGGCAGCUCAUGGUUGGUAUAAAACCGCAAUGGUAAUCACUAUAAUCUCUUCGUGAAGAAGUGAUCUUUGUCUACUGCGAUGCAACUACAGCACGACAAACAUGGAGUUCUGAAGCUGAGUCUGGCAAAUCCAAAGGCGCAAGUUUUGUUUCCAACCGGUCAUUACACUUACGCUUUUGGAAACACGCCGGGGAUAAAUUUAGCAGAGUACUUCGGAACGUCUAAGAGUGACGAAAAUCUUGACUUUUUAUUGCUUGGCGCAGGAGACAUUCGAAAUCUCUUGUUCACGGUUUCAGAGCUAUCCCAAAGACAACAACCACAAAUCCCAGCAUCGCUUCACUUUCACUUAAACGAUCAUGACCCGUCGAUAAUCGCUCGCGAUGUUAUCAUCUUAGAGACAGUGCGAACGAUUGACCCAAACUGUGACUUGGAUGUGGAUUUUUUGUGGAAUUUAUGGUAUAACCUUUCACUUUCAAGCGAAGAAUUAGAGCGAUUCCAAACGAUUCUGCAGACACUUACAUCACCAAAGCAAGGCGACGUUAAGUCGCAAUUUGGGUCUAUCAGCGUGUUUACAGAGUGUCUACAAAUUUGGAAAGACUGGCUUCGGUCAGAACUGGACAUUAAUACUGUGUCGCUUCAACGGCGAAGAUUAAUGAUCACAGGGCUAAACUUGGCGCAUCAGGAAACCCAGGAUGCUCGACAAGACCACCUUAAUUUUCUAACAGCAGUAACAUCAUUGACAAACACAACAGUUAAACAGCUGUGUACGCUGACAGAUGAGCACAAGCUUGGUCGCAAAUGUCUUCAUGAGCAUGGUUUCGUUUAUCAAGAAAUAUAUUCAUACUAUUGGAGCGGUACUACACCGGAUGUUCAGAACAGUUCUAAAGUAAACCCAACUCUCAUUCGCCCGUUCGAGCAGAAAUGGAGAGUGCAUUAUGGGAGCUGUCCUUUUUCUGGUUUUAUUCCAAUUGAUAGGAAUAGGCUCGAAAGCAACAAAUCAAUAACAAAAGUUUGUAAGGAAAAGCUCAGGGAGUUGGUGGAACAUUUUCAAGGCUUCGUCAAAGGUAGAAGCAAGCGUCUCCCGGUAAAGGUUACAUUUUGGGACGGAGACGCCUUGGACCUCUGUCGUGAUGGUCUACCAAAGGAUGCCCUCUUUGAUAUAAUUCACACAAGUAACCUCAGUGAUCAUAUUGGAUUAUUGAACAUUCUCGUAUGUUGUUCAGGCAGAUUAAAAGAGCCAGAUCAGUCCCAGUUAUUUACUUCCACCAUGCUAUGGAGAGCAUCCGGUUUAUCCAGUCUUGAGGAAUACUUAGAGUCGAGCCUUGGAAUACGGCAGAGUUUGUUUCCCACUGUGCUUGGGCUCAAGCUUGCAGAAGACUUGGAUCUUGGAAGGAGUGACAUCCUGACUCUGAACGAAAGUCGAAGAAUAGAAGACCGAAUGAUUUGGGUAAAAACCGAUCGCAAAAGGUCGCUGAUCACUCUGCUUCGUUCCCCAGAUGUUCUCUCCGCACUUAAGUCAAUGGCAGCCAGAUGCUUCAGACUCCCUUCUGCUAAUGAGCGGUGUCUGCAAUUAAGUGGUGUUACCCUCUCCUCCCCUAUGACAUUUUUCAUAGCGUUUUUGCGUAUUGCAGCGACUUUCGCAGAGAGAGCCGAACAGGUUCUUUGCGUUAUCGAGGAAUGCUUACCAUCCGUAAGACUUUUUCAAAAGCGAACUUUCAGUAAGCUUUGUUGCCUUUCAUGGAAUGUUUUCAAGUGUUUGGCUGGAGUAUGCUCAGGUGUUGUUCUCAAAGCAGAAGUUCGUGUUACGUUUCCAAUCAGUUCUCUGUCACGCAACACCCCAGUCAUGCAAGCUGUCUUGUUUGAGGAUCCUACCGACGCUAGGUUUCUCAGAGUGUGGCCACUUUCACAGUUGGAGCAGAGGACAUUUCACCGUCCAGUGCAUUUGUUUUACAACAAUGUGCGCUACGAUGUUGACCAGGGAACUGUAAGCUUGUUGAUGCUUGAGGCGGAUUGGAAAGCUCUUCAUGAAGAGACGGUUCUCGUUUUGAUAAGUUCUUCUGUCAACUGCACUUCGCAAGCUGUUAAAUUGAAACCUGACACGAGAGGCUCCAUAAACAAUUCUUGCUGCUUCACGAAUGAAACUGUGAACAUGAAAAGCAAAACUGAUUACGAGAUGGCAGAGAUAAGUCAGGCAAAAAGACGCAUGCGCAAAUCACGUCUGUCAAAAAACAAUUUGUCUUGUGUCAGAAUAAGCUGCGUCAGUGGCCACGUGGGCAACGGACUCCAAAAGUAUGACAGCUGCUAUCGUCUUGAAAUCCUCUCCAGUCAAGAUGUUAUCAUACAAAACCCUGGUCACUUGCACAAGAGCACGGACUGCCUCGUGACUGAAAAGAGCCAGAAGAAAGCACCUCUGAGUCUCUUCCCAUCAGGCAUCGACUCUCCUUAUUUUCAGUCAAAAGAUGACGUUUCAUUACAGACAAAAAAAUCUGAUGAUGUCAUUAUUCAUAAUGAUGGUCACACAACCGAAGAUGACGGUGACAGCAAUCUCCUAUCGACAACCGUGGAGCGAGUCGAUGGCGUGACACUGUUUGGCAUGGGGCUACUUGAUGUGACAUUGGUGACACGAGAAAUUUCAAAAACGGAUCACCUUGAGCUAUUGGCUUUGGAAGAGCACGCCAUGUGUUACAAUGCAGACAUUCUGAUUCUCAGAACAGCGGACAUAACUGGUCCCAGAGUAGAAUAUUAUCCGACAGAUUCACCCACCAUUGUGGAAAUCUCGACCGACAACCAAGGGAAACCACUACAACUUUAUUUUGCUGCACCCGUGGACGAGAGAACAUCUAAAGUUCAACUCUUAAAGGAUAAAAAGAGGCUCAGAUGCCAUUUUCCCAAGAGUGAACUGGGUGUCUUUGGACCAACCUGUAUCAAGCGACUUCCGUACCUGGACUUAUCAAAUUUUCCAAAGUGGACUUCAAGAGAAGAUCUAAAUAUUUUAAUGGAUUUUCAUCCUAUGGAUGACGACAGUGCAACUCCACAAGACAGAACACCAUUUGAAAAUUUGCAAAAUGCUUUGCAGUGUGUAAUCAUGUCGUUUAUGGAAUCUCCCAAGAGUAAAAAUUGUUUCAAAAUUCACGAGUCACGUGAUGCAGAAGAUAGUCCGCCAAACUUCACCAUUGUCGUGCAAAACAUGUACUGUCACAAACAGGUCCCAUUGGCGAAAGUUCUCUUCUGUGACCAUAGUGUGAUACCCUUUCCUCUAGAGGGGAACAAAACUGCUACUACAGCUACUGCUGUAAAAUACAGAGAGCUCUUAAAACAAGAGAUGGCGGACAGAAAAGAAAGUCCCAUGCUGCAUGUUACAGAAGAGGGUCAAGUUCUAUUGAAGAGACUAUUGUAUUCCAAUGCAAAACGCGUGAAACAGACUGCCACACUCAGCCCAGUGUGGAUGGACUCAUUCCUGCAGCUGAGAUUCAGGAACGAUAACACUUGCUAUGACACUCUGGAAUGAAUUCAUUACUUGAGAUAUAUUUCUGAGUAUUUUACUUCAGAACUGAUGGUUUUCAACAAUUAAGUGACUAGUUGAAAACCGUGAUAAUGAACUAUUGCUAUGGACUACUCCGGUGAAUCGGAAGCCGUUAUGAAUAGCAAGGUAUCAUGGCUGUCAAAGGUGGAAGAAAAAUAAAACGAAGGUGAAAAUAACUCUGCCAGAAUUAUUACGAACUUGCUAUUGUCUUUAAUCAUUUUUGCGAUGGAAAUGUAAUGUCUGCAUAGCGAAAACUUUGCUGUUUUGACACAUAUCAACACAGUUGUUAUGAUUGACUUCUUUGCUCAUAGAAUUUUCUAUGGAAUGGUCUCAGUUAAUAAUUAUUUAUUACUGGUUUGCCUUUUAACAUUGAACACUAAAUUACUUGAUCAUGAUCAAGUCUUAUCUUCCCCUUUGUGGGAUCAUUUUGUAAUAAAAUUUCCAUAGAUUUGGGGGUUAUUACGUGGAUUGGUUUCUUGUUUGUAGCGUUGUAUAAAACCGGGAAAAAUGUAUACAUUGUGCUUUUUUAUAAUUAAACAGUAAUCCAUAAAUAUACACAUUAAGCACUCGUUCCUUACUUACGACUUUUGUGUUACAGAAUUAACGAACGGUAAACACCACAGCGUACACU